AGUUUUUUUAAUCAUCGAUCGUUCAUUCACCGCUGAUGUUUCAGUGUUAUUUUGUGAUAAAAUAAAUAAAUAAAGACGAUUUAAUGCGUAUAACAUUACAUCCAAUUUACAUGAUCACUUCAUUUUAACAAGUGUAAUAAAUUGGUCUCAAUCAUACUAAGAUUUGGAAUAAUUGAUUAACGUACCAAAAGAAAAGCUAUCUUUGUGCAAUCUACAUUCUACCUGCAUUGAUCAGGCGUAGCUAUUUCCUUGGAUAUUUUUGGUGACGGGUCAAGAAAUAUAGUGUAUUUUAAAUGAAUUAACGACUUCGAGUACACUUUAAUAUAAAUGAAUAACAUUAUGUUGUGAUUUGGUGGAUUUAGAAGCUGGACCAGAGCUAUUUUUGUUCUAAUGUCUUGACGUGAAGUACGAUGACGUCAUUCGCUAAUUUGACGCAGUCAUUGUCGUCCAGCCUGCCGCAGCCAAUGUCGUCGAACCAUCCGCCCACGUCUGGGGCCUCGUCCAGCGCCGCCUCGCCCUCAACCGACCAGGACGACUCGCUGGCCAUGACCCACAUCAUAUGCAACCUGCUGGAGAACAUGAACAGAACCAAUCAAGGCGCUUCUACGUCCUCCGCCUCCUCUAUGUCCUACGACAUAUGGGCGUUACCUUCCUCCAGCUCUAUGCAGAACCCGAUCGGCACGAACCGUGAGUACAAUCCCAAUUCUAACAACAACCAGAGGCCAGAAGAAACCUCGAGCAGUUCGCCCGGCACCUCCUCCAGCGUGUCCAUCACUUGCUUCCGGUGCGAGGAGCGCACCCCCAGCACCCGGUGCCUCGAAUGCAACGAUCUUUUUUGCUACGAAUGUUGCCACAAACUCACUUCAGAUUGCCAACUGAAUGAACACACUCUCCUUCCUAUACACCAAAUAUCUCCAAUCGGAGUCAGACCGCACUCUCUAAACAACGACAAAGACGUUAUGUACUGUGAACUUCAUGGAGACCAACUGAGGUAUUACUGCGAAGGUUGUAUUGUUUUCAUCUGCCAAGAAUGUACCUUAUGGGUACACAAAGAUCACUGUUACACGCCAAUUAAAGGCGCUUUGGAUUUGUGUCGCGCUGGCGUAUUUAAGGUGCUAGAUGAUACUAAAACUGGCACGAAAGCUAUUAAAGCUGCAAUCGAUCGUGCAGUAGCCAUGUCCAAAGCUUAUGAGAAGGAAACUGCUGAAACGAAUAUGAAAAUAAGGAAGGCAAUGCGUUGUUACGUUCAAGCUAUCGAGGAUAGAGAGAAGUACUUAUUGGACAAAGUGGAGAAACUGCGUCAGGUAAAGAUUAACGAGCUAACUGAUCACAUGAACACGCUGCGUGGCAUUUUGGCUGGUUUGGCCCAUACUAGUGAACAAUUGGUUCGUUCUAUGGAUUCGGAGGGAUUAGAUGUAUUCAUGGCUAAAGAGAAAGGACGGGCUCAAGUGGAUUAUUUUUCUUGCAUGUUUAAAAAUAUGUAUGUAACUGAAGAACGGAUUUUGUUCACUCCUCCUAACUAUGACUUAGUAGAUCUGCUGAAAAGGCAAUGUGAGGUGCAGCCAGUGACGCCCAGCGCUUUGAUGUCAAUGAACGCGGUGGCCACAUUGCAGUCCCGCCAGUCUAUCAUGCCGCUACAUACUAUCUCAUACUCGGUUCAAUCUUACUCGCCCGUCACUUACAACAUGCCUGCGACUAGAUCUUUGCCCGAUUAUUCUACCAAUCACACUAGAUCUACUAAUUACUAUGAUCAAAGCAUCACCUCAAGUGUAGUCGUGGACCCAAGUUCAACACGUGGAAUUGGCCAAGCGAUCCCUGGCUUUUGGAUGUCGGUUAUGUUAAAACCUACUCGAAACCCGGUGUCCGGAGUACCUACAUUUUCUUUCGGUCGUGAGGGACAGGACGACGGACAGGUCUCUAGACCAUGGGGAUUGUGUGUCGACAGAGAAGGAAACAUUAUCGUCGCAGACAGAAGAAACAAUCGCAUACAGAUAUUCAACAGCCAAGGACAUUUCAGAGCCAUGUUCGGAUGCAAGGGAACUGGCCCUGGAGAAUUCGACUUGCCGGCAGGCAUAACUACAGACACAUACGGACGUAUCAUUGUCAUAGACAAAGACAACCAUCGCGUUCAAAUAUUUACAUCAUCGGGCAACUUCAUUCUAAAAUUCGGUUCCUUCGGCAAGGAAUGUGGUCAAUUCCAGUAUCCUUGGGAUGUAGCUGUUAAUUCUAUUGGUAAUAUAGUCGUUACCGAUACACGUAAUCAUCGUAUUCAGUUGUUUACAAGUGACGGAACUUACAUAACUAAAUAUGUCUUUGAAGGAGCUAAUCCGACAAAGAUGUUGAAAGGACCCACUACUCCCAGAGGAGUAUGUUUCACGACUACAGGGAAUAUCAUUAUAUCGGACUUCGAGAACCAUCGAUUGAUAAUGGUCGACCCGACUUUGUCGAAGGUUUUGCUCUGCGUCGGUCGAGAGGGGUGCGCACUAGGGGAGCUGAACCGGCCGUCAGGAAUAGUUACAGAUGACGACGGUCGCAUCAUAGUGGCUGACUCAAAGAAUCACCGCGUGCUCGUGUUCAACUCUGAGCUGCGUAUCUUGUGGGCAGUGGACCUGAAAAGCCCGGGGUUGGACGACAAGGACCGCCCCAGCGACGUAGCUCUCACUCCUGAGGGCUACCUGGUGGUCCUGUUCGAGACUCUGCCUGACACGGCCCGCGACAUCACCUCCCACGGCAAGCAAUACAUUAAAGUAUAUUAAUUAAUCUUAAGGCAAACCGACUACAUGGACCUUAGGUCCAUCGAAAUUCAUUUUGUUUCUUUAUUCUUAAGUUGUGAUUUCUUUGAUAAUGUGCCAAUUUUAUAUUAUUAAUGUUUGAAACAACCGUAUCGAGCAUAGCUUGGCCGGAGAGUAGUGUUUGCACAAGAAAGUCAUGCGCAAAUCGAACUCUCCUUAAACCUUUUAAUGAGUUGCGUUACCAUAGUAAUUCGCUUUUUGUUUCCGUAUUCGACUAGUCUAUAAGGACCAAACCUUGUUUGCAGUGUUGCGCCAUUAUUUAAAAUAGCAAUAAUAAUAAUAAUUAAUCGUUAGAUACAGUUAUGACCUAGAAUCUAUAAUAACACCAAAAUUGUACUACUUUUCACCUCUAAUACAAUAUGUCCCGAUUUAUAAAUUAAAGGAGCAAAAUAUAAAUCUUAAUAAGUGAAAAUAAAAUUAUGAAUAUCACUUUGUGAUGUAAAAGAUGUUUUUAUGUGAGAUAAAUUAAAAAGAAACUUGAAAAGUAUUUUUCAAAAUGUUACAUUUUGCGUUUUUAACUUGAUUAUUUCAGAAGUUAAUAAGUAUUCUUAUUAUAAGUUAUUUUGCAUAUUAUUUAGGUGCGUACAUAUUUUUAUUAAGCUCCAUAGGCGUAUUAGUCUCUGUGACUGGCAUGAGUUCACUGCAUGAAUGAUUUGAUUACUUAGGAUCUGCGUGCUUGGAAGUUGCCUCUGUAUUCAGAGUAAUUAAAUCGUGGGAGGAGUGUGAAUGUGCAGAGAAAUUAAUGCAAUAAAACUUUAAGACUGACUUCAGAAGACUGUCUUAAAGACGCGAUGCGGCGCCGUGCACGCUCGUCUGACGCGUUCAUUUGAUGCGAUUUUAUUACUGAAAUUUUAUUAUUUACAUUUUUUUUUCGGUGAUACAUUAUAGUCUAUAAAAAUCGUUUUUGUCAUGUUUAUUUCUUUAAAAAAAAAAUUAAACUUCCUUAAUAUUUUUAUGUUCAAAUGUGCAAAAUGAUUUUCUUGAUUUGUCAAAAUUUAUAUUUAAAUCAUAUGACUUGACUAGCCCGAAUGAGCUGUAAAUUUAUAUGGUACGAACGUUCUCAAUUGUAGAAUCAUUCACACGAUUAUGGAUUCAUGAUGAAGUAUAAUUCACAUCCUUUGCCUAGAUAAAAUGUAUGUUACAGUAAUAAUCAUAUUAAGAAAAACGUAAUUUUCAAUAUGUUUUUUUGCGAACUAACACUAGCUAAUUUAGAGAUAUUCUUCUACAUAUUAAUAAUUUUAAUUAGUUAAUGUUACGCGUGUUUGUAUACAAAUUUUUUGUAUUAGUUCAAAUAUUGUAGCGAAAUUCCUUUCUGGAUAUAAAUCGAUAAAACGUUAGUAUAUUUUUCAUGUGUAUCGUUAGAUGUCGAUUUUAUUCAAUAUAUAAUAUGUACCCAAUGUGUUCAAACAGCAUGUGUUCACUUUAGACUAUAAGUUGCAUUGCAUGCCUAUUUGACGAUGCGUUUUGUCGUUGCUAUAAUGACGAUUAGCUAAGUAGAUGUAGUGCAUUUGUCUUUUCUCUUUAGAGGUGUAAAUUGGUGUCUUAGUAAAAUGAUAACGAAGUGUUCACAAAACACAAAUGACUAUACUAAGGACGUCUUGAGAAUAUGUAAUACUAAUUUACUAUUAAGUGCGAGUAUGGUCUUCAAGCAAUAAGACCCUCUAAAUUAGAUUGUAACCGUAGUACCCAUACUCUUAUAUUAGCUUAGCCCUAACCGCCCUGCGAUAUUUCUAAGUUCUUUAGGAAUACCUCAAUCAAAUCAAACAUAAUCUGACGUGUCUGAUAUGUUAUGCAGGCUAAGUGUUCCGACUUCAGAAUACAAAAAUCGCACGGUGAAAAUUCGCAGUGCGCAUAGGGCCUUAUACUAUUCAAUUCGAACAUCAUAAAGGAAUAUAAUAAUAAUUAAUCUUACAUCAAACGUGAACGAUUAUUCUAGUUAUUAUUACAAUUAGGUAAUCAAUAAAACCAUAUAUAUCGUGUGCAAUGAUGUUUAUUAUCCAACUAAUAACUAAAGCAUAAUGUUUGACCUAAAGUAGCCGUUCUUAGAUUAACAUUUUCACAUUUGUACUUAGGAUAAAUUUAGAAUAAGUCUUUAAGAAACAUUAGUUCUGGUAAUAUAUCACUGCCGCUUCAAACAAAAAUUUUCUAGUGAUUGAGAAAAAUUAGAUUAUAACUAAGGAACUGACUACGCUCGUAGAUUAUUAUUGAAUGAGUCUGAAUUUAAUGUAAAGGAAAAUUAUUGUUUGAAGUUUAUAUUUAAGUAAAGCGAUUGAGAUAACUGUUUGGGAAUUUAAUCCAGAAAUUUCGGAGUGUUUCACUUUGGGAGACGUUGACGUACUCGCACGACGACAAAUACUAUGCCUGUAUGAUCCUAGAGGCACCGACGCAAAUUUAUUGAAUUAGUGCGAGUACGAAACGUCCCGUGCUCCUAUGUGUACGUGCAGUGCUUUGCGUCUGGACAUUUUUUUUUACAAAUUCAGCAAAAAUUAUAACACUUAUGUAUUUUAAUUUCCACUUAUAAUUUAACAAAGUAACCGUUUACAUUUUGUUCAGUGCCAUUUUGAAGUAUUACAUUAUAUUUUAAAUAAUUAUGUUGCAUGAAAUGCAUUUUAAAUAAUUUUUCUAAAAUAACUUUCUUUAUUGUCGAUUUCAAAAAGUUUUUUUUAUUGCGACAACGAAUCUCAUUUUAAUGGAAACAAUGACUGAUGAUUUAGGUUGUCCAAAGGCUCAGUUCUCCUGGAUUUGCAAAGCGAAGUCCGCCUCUAGUGCCGGGUGGUCAUUCUAAGAGUGCACCACUCUCCAGUCCCGCAUUAGUCUCAUAUUUUAAUCAAUUAACUUACAUUUGCUGAUAGCCCUUUAAAGUGAGAGAAACGACUGUUACCGAAAACUUAAGCUGUUAAGUCACAUGUACGCAUUAUGUUAUAAACUAUUGCAAGUUAGUGAUGCGGUGUCCGGUCGGCGGCGCCCGAGGUUGCCGUGGGACGCCACACUCAGUUUAAAGUUAUUUUACCUCUCGACUUAAUGACUACUGCUAAAACUAUGUCAUGACAUCACUUAUUAAUUUAUCUGUAGAUGUAACAAAGUCAAAGGUAAAGUAACUAAGCGGGUGUUGUAUUGUGAAAUCAAGCUGUAAGCUGCUGAAACAUUACUUAAUUUUAAUCACAUUUUGUUUCCUAUCGUUUAUGUUUUAUAUUUUGUUGCGAUCUUUGAUCUGGUGGUUGUAGCAAAUGUUAAUUUGCGAUCUGUAAAAGGGGAAAGAUUUGGGACACCGAAUACAAUGAAAUAAUGGAAUUGUGCUGCGUUGAGAACAGUCGCGACCACUUUGUAAAGGUGGGAAACAAAGCAACUUUCUAGCAACUAAUUUGGUACAACCACAAUAUCAACAGAUUUGAUCUUGACUAACAAUGUAAUUGGACUUGUGAGCUCUGCUAGCUGCUAGCAGUAAAAUUGAGGUUUUGUGAUAGUUACAAUGAAAUUGAGAACUUAAUAACAAUUGAUACGUGAUGAUAGAUUUUUUUACAAGUUUUUAAUAUUAUAAAUAUUGGGCGACACGAUCGUGAAGACACGAAAUUUCAACAGUUGUCAACACAGUAUUGCGUAUAGUGGAAAAGCGCUAAACUGCAUAAUAUUGAGAUUUUAGCAAAUUGUACGAAGCCAUUUUUGUGCUAUUUUUGUAACGUUAUCUAGGCGCUUGUCGUGUGUUAGUAUUAGGGUAAAUUCGUUGGUCUCCUCUUUGUGGCGCGGACCCGAUCACCCUUCGCCCUGCAGCUGAACCAGCGCUCAGAGGGGGGGAGGGGACGAAUGAAAUCGAUAUCAUAUGUAACUGGGAUAAGUAGUAUUUUUAUAAACGCAGCACCAGCGGCGCAGCUCAUGUCUCGCCCUGUGUGUGCUCGUCUUUCAUAUAGGAUAACCACAACUACCUCACUUGAUGAAGACUGAUUGGAAUUAAUUACCGGUGGUCAGAUCACCGAUAGAAGUCUGUUGUCUGCUAACAAGUUUAGUGUCGACUUAGGUAGGAUUUUAGUGCAUAAGCGUCCAGAUAUAGUACGACGAUGAUCGGAUUUUGAUUAUUUGAUUCCCCACCCGGCGCAAGCCGGCCUGCUUCAUUCAUUAGACUUCGGUCUUUUGCUUUUAUAUCUAUAUCUUACGUUAUUCUUCUGUAAUAUUGUUGAAUGAAGACUGAAAUUUUAUAAAUGUUCCUAUAUUUUACUUUAGAAUAAUUUACUGCCUACCGUAUUUCGUUUACAUUAUUUUUACCCUUCGGUAAAAUUACUUUCAUUCUUAUAAUCUUAUCAAUUGUGUAUGACGCUAUAUAAUGUCAUGGAAUUUUUGAAAAUUUUAAUAGAAUUUUGUAUGGAAAAUUAAUGAAGUGAUUAAUAGAAAA